UGCUUUCUUUGUCUAUUCUUGUAUCCUUGCAUCUUUCCAGAAUUUACCGAAACAAUGGACAAUAUUGUUACUCAAAAUAUUAAAUUUGAAAGCGAACCAAAUUACUACCUAAGAGGUUACCACCUCUUUGAUAUCAGUCCUUUGAACGGAUUAAAAUGUGAGAUAACUGAUGAAUUCGAGACUGACAAGAUUCACCUGAAAAUAAAGCUGGAUUGGGAUCAGCAAGAAAUAAAGAAGAUCACUGGUUUCAUCCAAUUGUCGUAUGAUGGGCAUCAACUGAAGCCUAUUGAUUCGAACUUUGACAAACGAGGAGGAAUCUGUAUAAUGACAGUCCCAAAAUACAUUAAUGCAUACCGCUGGUCGUUUUCGUUUGAUCUAAAACUCCAUCGCUACCCAGCCAAGCCACCUCAGAUUUCUCAUGACCUCAAUCCUCAGGUCAGGUCUUAUGACACAAUGUUCGAGCCGUCCAGGAAGCACGAUGCGGUGCUCUUAAUCGGAGAGAAGAAGCUUCAUGUGAACAAGGCUUUCCUCUCCUACCACUCCGACUAUUUCUGUGAUCUAUUUGCUGAGAAAUUCGAUGAGAAAAACGGGAUCCCCAUCGAAAACGUGACCUAUGAGAAUUUCGGACUUCUCAUGAGUAUUAUCUACCCUGAAGCGGCUUUCUCGAAUCAUCAAAACGCUGAAGUCCUUCUCGAGCUGGGAAAUCGUUUCAAGAUCCCAGCAGUGAUGCGCCACGUGGAAAAUCAAAUCAUUCGAGACACCAAGUUCCCAAAUGAACGGUUGAUUUUUCUGGCAGACAAAUACGAACUUCAAAAGCUAUUGGCUAUGGAAAUCCAGAAGAUGGAAAGCUUCGAUCAGGCUAAGAAGUUCAAAGGAUCUGAUGAUUACUCGCAGUUAUCGGAUGCGACAAAAGCCAAGAUCUUGGAUCGACUCAUUGAGUUAUCUUGAUUUUUUCUUCAAGACCUGAUUUGAUUCUUGGAAAUAAAUCAUUCUGUUAUG